UUUGGGCUCAGCCGAAGGGCUUCUCUGGGCCACGGCAGGCGGAACUGCCACCAGGCCAUGGCACAAGGAAGCUUUCCAUUACUUGAUCCUCGGCCUCCUCUGGGUGAAGUAUGCAGGACGCCUCUAAUUGCUGAGCGACAUGACGCAGAGCUUCGUUUCGCAAGCAACUCAUCAGCUGCAGCUAAGCAGGCGAUUGCGGCAGAAGGCCAUCUGAACAAGAUCGAGAUUGAGUCAGCGCAGACUGCAGCUGAAUCGGCACUCCAGGCAUUUCGAAGCUCAGGCGAUGCGGUGGGAUGUGCAGAAUGCACCCGCUUGAUCGCGAAGACUCAACAGUUGAAGGCCUACUUCAUGGACGAUGAGGAGUCACGCUCACUCAAGCCAGCAGAGAUGCUCUCACAGGAGCUCCAGAAUGCCAAGACUUCAGGUGAUCAAGUGGCUCAGGCGAUUCUCCAGCUCGGCCUCUGUGAGAUGCUCUCGUUCGGCACCGCGGCCACAGGCUGGUCCCCCGGCCGCUCGGUGCGCGACAAGGCUCAGGAGGCUGGCAAUGAGGCAUUGCAGCUUUUCCAAUCGAAGGGCGAAAGCCGGAUGCACGCGCUGACGAAGUUGGAGAUCGCCUUGCUGCUGUGUCAAGGUGCAUCGCCCAAGACUGCCUUCCAGGCGGCCAGUGAGGCCUUGGACUUGCUUGAGCGGUUGGGAGACAAGCAGGGUAUGGGCAGAGCGCUGCACGCCAUUGCCAUCUCCCACGUCAUGGCGAAGGACUACGAGGCGGCCACGAAGAAGGGAUUGGAAGCACUGGAGCUCAUCCGCAGCUCGGGCGACAAGAGGGCGGAGGCGGUGCUCCUGGAGACACUGGUGUCCUGGAGCAUCACGCAGGAGAAGCCCCACAAGGCCUUGGUGAUGGCGAAAGAGGCUCUGGCCCUGCGUCUGGAGCUGCAAGCACCGCCACUGGAAGAGGCACGUGCGUGCCUCUUGCUGGUGGAUGCGCUCGCGGGGGUCAAGAAGGUGAGGAGAGGCCUCAAAGCUGCCGAGGAGUGCUUAGAUCGACUGAAGAAGGUAGAUGAUCGUGCCAAUGUCUAUGGGUUGGUCGUGGUUGCGAUGGCGCAGCUGAAGCGGGACCAUCCGGAGUUGGCAUUGACGGCCACGGAUGAGGCGAUCGACAUUGCCCGCGAGAUGGGCGAUAAGCGCCUGGAAAUGAACCUGCAGUACACGCAAGCGGAGGUGAACGUCCAGCUGCAGAGCCGCUCCGAUGCCAUGGAGGCCGCCGAGGAUGCCGCCGCCAUCGCUGAGGAAUUGCAGGAUGCCAAGGCAGAAGGGGACGCAGAGUGCCUGAUGUUCUCUUUGCUGGUUCGUGGCACCCUGGACCGCCCCUCCUUGGUGAAGGCACUCAACGCAGCGAAGAAAGCUCGUGGCCUCUACCAAAAGGCUCAGAACAGGACAGGCGAAGCCAAAGCACUGAUCCACAAAGCGUCGAUUCUGGGCGUGGACUCGGCCACCAGCAGUGCCGAGGAGAUGCUGCAGGUGGCCGCCGAGGCGCACGACAUCUUCGAGGAGGAAGAGUGCAUCAUGGGUCAGUCGGCGGCUUUGCAGAUGGUGGCCGAGGCCCAGCUGGCGAAGGAGAACUUUGACGAGGCUUCCUCGGCCGCCAAGGACCGGCGAGCUGUUUGGAAGGGGCUUGGGUGCCGCAAGGAAGAGGGCGAUGCGGUGCUACAGCUGGCUCGAAUUCACCUGGGCAGUACAGACUACGAUGCUGCAGAGAAGCAUGGCUUAGAGGCGCAGAAGAUCUUCCAAGAGGUCGGCGACAAGGCCGCCGAAUCUGUGGCCUGCGUCCACCUCGCUCAGGCUUGUCUGAAGAAGAUGAGCAAUGAGGCUGAGGGAGAGACCAAAGAGGCACUGGCUUCCUUUUCCUACCGGACCUCAGCGGAGCGAGCCAUGCGAGCCGUGAACGAUGCCAUCACCGCCUGUCGCCACCUGGGCAGCAAGCAGCUCCGUGCUGGCGCCUUGUUUUGGCGCGCGCAGGUCUUGGGUUUCCGAGGGCGCUUGGAGGAAGCGCUCAGAGUGGUGUGCGAUGCGGAGAAGUGCUUCGAGAGCAUCGCAUCGGGUAGUGCGAUGGUCCAAUGCAAGGUCUUGGCGGCCGAUUGCCUCGCAGGCUUGAAGCACUACGACGAGGCCAAGGAGGUUGCUGACCAGGCCAUCAAGCAAGCCAGUGGCCUGCACGACCGUCAGGCUGAAAGUCAAGCCAAAGGCUGCCUCGAGCGGAUCGAGAAAGCUGAGAAGAAGAGCAAGGAGGUGGUGGCUCCCCCCCGUGCAAGCGGCCAUUGCCACCGAAGCGCCCACCGGCGCUGCGCCGGCCGCCGCGCCCGCGGCCUCGGCGGCGGCCGAGGCGCCCAAGGGCCUGGAUGCGGCGCUGGCCACGAAGCGGCUGAUGAACAUCGUGAAAGACGUCAUCGCGGCCGACGAUGAGAUCAGCGCUGAUAGCCCUCUCAUGGAAGCGGGCAUGGACAGUCUGUCUUCCGUGCAGCUGGUCACAGAGGUGUCCAAGGAGUUCCAGAUGAGCUUGUCGCCUUCCUUGGUCUUCGACUUCCCCAAUGUUUCGUCCAUCGUCAACCACUUGGUCGAAGAAAGUCAGGGCUGAUUGGACAACAGCGCCGAGGAACCAAUUGUGCAGAAAGGUGCAGAGAAGGCUGUUGGAGACCGGGUGGACGUUCGCGCGUCUUCCAAAGAGCUGUGAAGAGCUGGUCCAUGGUGGGCAGAGGGGGUCUUUGCAUCGAAUACACCCAAACCACUCUGUUUGGGCCGGUCUUUGAAUUGGGUCUCAACGUGUCUCAACAUCUGCCAGACAUAAAGGCGCCCAAAGUUUUUGCAGCCUAACAGAUACCACUUGCAGAUCUUCCGGACUUUGGAAUCGAGAAACAUCUUUGACUUGGUGUCCAGAGAAACAUCUAUGCGUUUCUGUGAACGUGUUUGCAUUCGCUAGAAAAAAAAGGCAACACCCGGGGUUCUUGAAGCCAUCUUCCCGAGCGUCCUCCGGGUGAGGAUCUGGAGCUCGCUCGGGCGAGUCGGCCCUGUUCUUCUUUUUGCCUUUUGACGAGGACGAAAGUGAUGAAUCACAUCUUCCUAUUCAGACUCGUGCGACUCGUAGGGAAUGAGGGAAUGAACCACCCCUGUAGACCCCUCAGGAUCCAGCCACCCAUAUUCCCAUAUUCCUCACGCACCAGUUGCCGUCUUGUAAGUGGCGAAUCGCCGUGUUGGCGUUCCAAGCACCUACUGGAUUGAUCGUUCCAAGCACCGAUAGCUCCCGACAACGAUGGACGCGAUGGACGCAAAAGGACGCAAAAGGACGCGAGAAGCAGAUCCGGCCGGGCAACCUCUGAAUGUUGGCUUCAG